CAGGUUAUCUUAUGAAUGAAAGAGCUGAACAGAUUGUUCAUGAAUUCUAGAGGGCACCUAGGUUGAAGCAAUGGAGAGAAUGGAGCCGUGGAGAUGUCUCGUAGGAGCCCUUUUGCCUCCUGGCUUUGUGCUAUGCUCCACUGCUUCGGAAGUUACAUACUUGCUGAUCUGUUACUUGGAGAAUCGCCUAUUGAUUACUUCAGUAAUAACUCCAGUGUCAUCCUGGCCACAGCAGUCUGGUAUUUGAUAUUCUUCUGUCCCAUGAACCUCUUCUACAAGUGCGUUAGCUUUCUGCCUAUGAAGCUCAUCUUUGUGGCAAUGAAGGAGGUGGUCAGAGUUCGCAAAAUUGCGGCUGGGGUCCACCAUGCUCAUCACCGUUACCACCACGGGUGGUUCAUUAUGAUGGCUACUGGAUGGGUCAAAGGUUCUGGUGUUGCCUUGAUGUCUAACUUCGAGCAACUGCUGCGUGGGGUCUGGAAGCCAGAAACAAACGAAAUUCUUCGUAUGUCCUUCCCUACAAAGGCUAGUCUGUAUGGCACAGUCCUCUUCACUCUGCAACAAACUCGCUGGCUCCCUAUCUCUGAAGCCAACCUCAUCUUCUUUUUCACCAUGUUCAUGAUAGUUUGCAAGGUUUUCAUGACGGCAACUCACUCUCACGCCUCACCUUUUGCUCCAGUGGAAAGCUUCAUCUGCCCAGUUUUCUUUGGCUCUGUUUCCAGCGGACACACUAGUGAUCAUCACGAUCAGCAUGGGGCCUCCCAUGAGGUUUCCCAUCCUCCGCCUCCUCCUGCAAAGUCAAAAGAGGAGCUAAAUGAAGGCACAAGGAAACGGAAAGCAAAAAAAGCUGAAUAAAAAACCACCACACAGUAAACAGGCCAAGAAAAUUCUUCCAGAGCCGAGUCUCAAAGCCACCUGUGACCUCCUUUAUCCUCCAGUCCUUCUCUCUCAGACUCCAGAGGAGAGGUGGAAGCCAGGACGCUGCCAGGCGGGUCCUUGAAUUUCAUUUGUGCUCUCUGUGCUGCUGCUUGCUUCUUGGUCUCAGUCUCUCUAUUCUGAUCAUAUUUUCAGGGAUUUGUAGAUCUGUGCCAGGAUGAUAAGUGAGUGCCAGUUCCCAAGCUGUCAGCAAUUAUGAUGCAGCAUUUUCCAUUGAUGUAAAAUCUUUCACUGUGUUUAUUUAUGAAUGGAGGUAAUGGUUUGUGCUCCUGCAACUCCUAAGUUCCUUUGAGUUUUCACUGACCUUUUUGAUGUCUACCAAGACAACAAACUGUUUAGACACAAUCAAUGUGGAAAUUGGAUUUCAUACUCAAGGAAAUUAAAUGGUCUCGUAUGAGCCUGAUCUAAUUUUUCCUAGCUCCCACAUCUGCCAUAUCUCCAAUUAAUGUGACAUUUUAUAUGCAAUAAGGACAUCGACUCUGGUGUCCUAGCCAAACUCUGUUUCUCUCACCUAAGUUCCUUCUGAUUCUUAAUGGAUAGAACACGUCACUCUCUUAACUAAGUCUGUGUCUGCAAGAGCUUUGAAGCUGUGAAAUGCUCCGAGUGCUAUGUAUUGGUAUUGUUAUUAUUCUAAACUGUUGUGUAGCGUUGCUGCACAUUGCUAACAAUAGUGUGUCCCACCUCAAACCUGAUCAUAUUUAACUAGGGAAGAAGCAUAGUUCUGGUUUGUUUGUAAUCCUGUGGGAUACAAGAAGGGUGUGUGAGUGUAAAUAAGUAUUUAUUACUAUUUAUUUAUAAUUGCUGGGGCACCUAAUUCAUGGACCCGAAACUGGCUUUUUUAAAAUGUUGCAUCUUUAUAUAGAGAAUUGGAUACUUCUAAGUAUCUCCUAAGCCCACAGCUACACGCUGGUUUGUGCCUGAAGCAGGGAUUCUGGUGUGCUGAAGGACAGCCUGAACACUCUCACUGGAUGCAGGAAUGAACAUUUCCUAUAUUCUUAAAUUAAGAUAUAAAGGCUGAAGAAGUGGAUUUCACACCAGCUGAUUAACACUGCUUCAAAGGACUGAUAAAAGCACACCAGCUGAAGAUAUUGACUAUCCUUUGCAGGUCCCUUUCAGCCGGACUGCUGGUCUGUGAAAGCAGCUUGUGCCCAAGGAGUGAAGAAUAUGAAAUGCCUUGCAUGGCUCAGGGAGGAGUCUGUCAGUUCGUUCAUGUUCUACUUAGUGAAUACUGGCUUUUAGGCUAGUUUUAAGCUGUUCUUAUAACCGAUUUUGUUCUUAAAAGUGUCAUCUUAAGCAUUGCACCCAAAAGGCCAGAACUCAUUCCGAAGCUUUUAUAAUCACCAAGGGCUGGGAUCGCUGCGUUAAGAUGGCAUGCAUGGGGAUGUAGCACUGGGCUGUCAGUUAAGCAGCAUGUUGCCAUCCCUAGCAAUAAGGUUUGCUGCUGUCAUCUUGCAACUGGGAAUAUGAGGUUUUAAGAAAAGGAGGAUUUAAGAAAAGCUUUUUUUUUUUUUUUGGUGUCCCUGUUCAAAAUUGAAAUUGAUGGUUCAUUAAAAAAAAUAAUCAAGAUUUCUUGUAUACAACCAGAUGAAAGCCAGUACAAAAAGUCAAAUGAUUUGUGGGUUUUGAUAGUGCCUUAAUUUUGUGAGUUUCCCUCCCCUUCAGUAGAAAACAGGAAUUGUACCUGACAGCUCAACCGUAUGGUUUUGCAGAUGCUGGUCUACUGAAACCUGAUGUAUCACUAGCAUGCACAAGACUAUAAAUGUUUUAUGACAUGUCUGAUUCAAGGGGAAUUUUGUUUUAUAAAAGCCGUCAACAAAUAAAAAUUGUGAAGUGACUCUGAUUGUCCACUGGC